CACCAAUAUUCUCGGCAAGCAUGUCUCUAUUUGAAACCAUCCUAAACGGCAACACCAAGGCCAUGGUGCCAGAAUCGACCUAUGACAAGUAUUUAAAGCCUACCUUUGAUAAGCUCUAUAAGCCGGAAUACACGACCACUGAGUUUGAUCCCAUAAAGCAUUUGAGAUUUUAUUCAGAAGGUCCCAUCGAACAGCACAAAUACAACAACACCAGAAGACUAACGAUGGAAGAGUUGGGGUUGACCAACCCCAAACAAAUUAGUCAUAUUGGAGUGAGUGACCCCUUUCCAUUGUUCACGGAUGAAGCCAUUGAUAUUAUGAAACAAGAAGUUUUGUCCAAAGAUACAUUUAUGAAGUACGGAAGAUACAGCCACUCAUCGGGUAAGGGAACCGACUGUACUAUUAGAGGCUACGCCAAAGUCAACAAUGAAACAGUGACUCCCUUCACCUAUGCUGCUUGGACACAUCCCAGAACAGUGGAGUUGGUUAGUACAAUGGCAGGUAUUGAAUUGGAGGUGGUGAUGGACUAUGAAAUCGCCCAUGUUAAUGUUUCCAUGAAAGAGGAAGACCAGGUUGAAGAGGAUUUGAAGAACUACGAUCAGACCACCAGAGAUAUCACAAAGGAUUGUGUGGUAGGUUGGCAUUGUGAUUCGUAUCCUUUUGUGUGCGUGUUGAUGUUGAGUGAUACCACCAAUAUGAUUGGAGGUGAAACUUCUUUGAGAAUGGGUAAAGGAACCGGUCAAGAUAGUAUUGCGGUUGUUCCUGGCCCUACUAAAGGAUAUGCAGCAGUUUUGCAAGGGAGAUUGAUAGAGCAUAUCGCCCCUAAUCCAAUUGGAACCUCUGAAAGAAUCACCAUGGUGACUAGCUAUAGGGCCAAGGAUAAGAAGAAGCCUGAUGGAUCGGUUUUGUCGACUGUCAAGCCAGAAGUCAACUUUGGUUCCAGAUAUAACGAUUUCUACCCCGAAUGGGUGCAAUACAGAUCUGAUUUAAUUAUCGAUAAUUUGCAACAAUUGACCAGAGAUAUGAAGAAAGAUGGGAUUUUCCAAAAGGAGCAGGUAAUUGCAGAAUUGAAGAUCUUGGAGGAAUACUUGGUCAAGACAUACCAGGAAAUGGAGGUGAGUGAUGAAGAAUGGCUGAGAAUCAAUGAGAGUUAUAAAAAGAUAGAGUAAAUACAAAAUGGUUUAGUAAUGAAUAUAAGGAUGCACAUU